CAUCACUCCAUCUUUCAUCAACACGACAACGCAAUCACUCGUCUCGUUCAGUCACCGAUACGUUCACUAAUUCUGUCAUCUUCUAAGACUGAACAGUCGCGUCCCUUUGUUCUCAUUGAGUACAAAAUCUCCAUCGCGGUUCCACUGGAGGUGGCGCAAGGGCGGCAAGGCUACAUCUCCACAAAGUUUGAGAGCAACUGCAAGCAUUCAUACAAGAAGUACGAUUUGCAUCUACCAAGAUGUCGUACCGAGUUGAGACUGCCCUUUCAGGCCGGUCAGGUUGUCAUUCUACGGAGUGCAAGGAUGCUAAGAUCAAGAUUGACAAAGAUGAACUUCGCCUUGGCACAGUAAGCCGCCGGCUGCUUAUUUGUUCGUGUAGUGCUAAUCUCCGGGUUGCAGUGGGUUGAGUUUCCAACAGGUGGGGGAUGGGUCUAUCGUCACUGGUAAGUUUGAUGUAUGCUCUCACAGCACACUCACCCAUUACUCUCCAGGGGCUGUGUCACGGGAAAGAUCCUUGAAAGUCUGAGAAGGUCGAUUGAAGAUCCCGAGGAACCAGGAACCUAUCGUUGGGAUAUGCUUGAUGGCUAUGACUCUGGUGACAAGAGUAGUUUGGAUAAGAGACCAGACCUUCAGGAGACUGUGCGCCGCUGCAUUACCCAAGGUUUCAUUGAUCCCGAGGACUGGAACGGUGAUCCAGAAAUGAACGUUCUAGGAGCAGUUGGCAUGCGCACUAAAGAAAAUGUGAGAAAGGCGAGAGAAGACAAAAAGGCUCGUAACCAGGAGAUCGAAGAUCUAAAGGCCCAAGUCGCUGCAUUGCAGGCUGAGAAAGCGGCAGGUGGGGACUCUGCACAUGAUGCCAAAGUUGCUGCUGCUCAAGCUGAUCUUGAAGAGCACAUCAAUGCAAGCACACCUGCUGCUGGCAAGAAGCGUGCUAGAAACGAAGCUGAGGCCGAAGAAGGUACGCCCGUUAAGAAAAAACGCGCCACCAAGAAGAAGGUAAAGGCGAAGACCGAAGAUGAUGAGGAGGAGUCCGAGGGUAAGGAUGUCAAGCCAGCCAAACCAGCUGCCAAAUCCCGUGCCAAGAAAGUCAAGAAGGAAGAAGAGGACGAUCAGGACGCAGAAGAGACCAAGCCGGCUCCAGCAAAGAAGUCGCGAGCUGAAAAGGGCGUCAAGAAGGAGGAGGAUGAUAAUGAAGAAGAUGCUCAGGAUUCCAAACCAGCACCAACCAAGAAACCCCGAAACAAGAAAGUCAAGAACGAAGAAGAUAUGGAAAUGUCCGGAAUGAUCGAUGAUCAUGUUGGUGUUAAGAACGAGGAGGAUGCUGCUGAAGCCUCGAAGCCUGCCUCCAAAAAGCGUGCCCCUGCUAAGAAAAAGGCCGUGAAGGCAGCGUUUGACGAAGAUGCUGAUUCUGCUGUCAAGAAUGAGGAGGACGAGGAUUCUGUCAGGCCAGCCCCCAAGAAACGCGCUUCUCGUGGGAAAAGGGCUGUCAAGGAUGAACCUACUGAGCAUGAAACUGCUCUUGACGACAUCGAAGUCAAACCAAAGCCAGCAGCUAAGAAAGGUCGCAAGAAGGCUGUCAAGGUGGAGAUUGUUGAGGAGGAUGGAGUCAACGAUGGACCCGCCACCGAAUCCUCGAAUCCUGGGGUUACUGAGGGAUCAUCAGUUCUCAGCGACCCUCCAGACCUACCCGACGGCGCGAAGGACGAGCCCGCUGAGUCUGUUGCUCUUGCUUCAGAAGCUGAAUUUGCUAGUACUGAAGCAGCUAAUAAGGUCAAAAAUCUUGUGGUCCCAUCCAAGAGCCGACGCACACGUAGCCGUACUGCUUCCAACAAGAUCUAA